GCUCAAUACCAACCGAUGCAUGGGGAGCGUGACUCCUCCUGUGGAUUUUGCAAUGGUGUCGCGGGGGUGUUGUGUUGUCCUUCCCUCCGUCUCAUUCACAUACUGUGUCAGUGGUGCUGUCUUCAGACUACAGUCAUUUUCCAGACUGCGGUACUCCAGGCAACAUCGAGUAAGGGGGGGAAAAAAAGGAACUACCACCGGCAUGAAUCAAGUAUAGCAUCUUCACGCGUCUUGGGAAUACAUUUCUCUGUCUGGAAGCUCAGUUUCCUUCGACAUUUCAACCAGGUCCAGGUCUUGGAAAGGAAGAAUAUGAAAGUGCCAAUUUCAAGAAGCUUUCUGGCGCUCUGUCAGCUGUUCAUCAUCUGUGAAAUGGCUGAUGUGGCGCAUGGGUACUACAGAACACAGCGUAGAUUUUCUGAUGAUGUCGACUGGUCGUAUACAGAAACAUUGAACCAAAACAGCUGGGGGAAAAGGUACCCAUCUUGUAACAGUGCCAAGCAAUCCCCAAUUAAUAUCGAUGAGGGUUUCACUCAAGUCAGUGUGAAUUUUCAGAAACUAAAAUUUGAAGGCUGGGAAAAGGAAACAUCAGAGACAACCUAUAUACACAAUAAUGGUAAAACAGUUGAAAUUAAUCUGAAUGAUGACUAUUAUGUAAGCGGGGGAGGCCUUAAAACUAGAUACAAAGCUGGCAAAAUUGCUUUCCACUGGGGGAAAUGUAAUGCAUCUUCUGAUGGAUCGGAACAUAGCUUAGAAGGACACAAAUUUCCCUUAGAGAUGCAAGUCUUCUGCUUUGAAGCAGAGAAGUUUGAAGAUAUUGAAGAUGCAAUGAAGGAUAAUGGAAGAUUAACAGCUCUAUCUAUUUUAUUUGAGAUUGGGCUGGAAGACAAUGAGAAUUAUAAUGCAAUUAUCAACGGUGUGAACAGUGUGAGCCGCUUUGGAAAGAAUGCUGCUUUGGAGCCGUUUAGUAUGCUAAGCCUUCUUCCAAACUCUACAGACAAAUAUUACAUAUACAACGGUUCUUUGACAACUCCUCCGUGCACAGAAAAAGUUGAGUGGAUUGUAUUCAAGGACACAGUCAGCAUUUCAGAAAUCCAGCUGGAGAUGUUCUGCGAGGUUCUUACCAUGCAGCAAGCUGGCUAUGCUAUGCUGAUGGAUUAUUUGCUGAACAACUUUAGAGAACUGCAAUACCAGUACACAGGACAAGUAUUCUCCUCAUACACUGGGAAGGAGGAGAUUCAUACAUCUAUUUGCAGCUCAGAACCACAAAAUGUCCAGGCUGAUCCAAAGAAUUACACAAGUAUUCUGGUGAUGUGGGAGAGGCCACGGGCUGUGUAUGAUUCAUUCAUUGAAAGAUAUGCAGUGUUUUAUCAGAGACUUGAAGGAGAAGACCAAACCAAGCAUGAACACCUGACUGAUGGAGACCAGGAUAUGGGUGCUAUUAUAAAUGAUUUGACGGACAAUGCAAGUUAUGUAGUCCAGGUGGUUGCUGUGUGUUCAAAUGGACUAUACGGGAGACACAGUGAUCAGCUGAUAGUUGAUAUGCCUUUGGAUGAUCCUGAGAUUGACCCCGUUAUUGAUUUUAGUGACACUGAAGAUGCAACUGAUGAAUCUGAGGUGACAAAUGUGGUCAGUGAGAAAACAGAAACAGUAAGGCCUACCACUGUAGCACAUGAAAGCGAGAAGAAAACAAGAUCCAACAAUGCUGUCACCAAAGACUAUUCUGUUGAAAGCUAUGUGGAAGUGAAUACAAAAAAUACACCUGAAACCGAAGAAACAUACUCUUUGGCCAGUGAGACUUCAGCAACUGACAGGCUUGCUGUGUUUUACCCUCAGACCAAAACUGUAACAUCAGCUGCUGAGCAGGAUAUCACCUUCACUGAACCAGGGGAAAUGCUUGAAGGUUAUGAUACCUCUACAUCCUUCCAACAUGAAGAUGACAUUUUUACAGACACCGAAACAGGACCCCAAGCAACAGCCAUUAGUCCGCCCAAGUUUACAACGACCAGCCCAGAUGCAAAUGCAAUGCCAUAUGUCAUGGAAGUAUCAGAAGAUAUAGAAACCCCUUCAACUCAUGAUGCUGUCGGAAUGUUUCCAGUAAACUUAAACAACACUGUUGUUACUGCUAUUUAUCCUGAAGAUGUUGCAAAUUCUGCCAGCUAUGAGAUUUCACCCAAAACAGCUCCUCCUGUUAGUUCUGAUGUGCCCUCUGGUGGUGAGAUUUAUUAUAGUCCUACAAGGGAUGAAGAUACACGUCAUGUAAGCACUCCUUACACCAGUGGUGAGAUGGUUUUUCAGGGUACUUCAUUUCCUAAAAGUUCACUCAGUCCUACCUCUGAGGUAUUGCUGUAUUCUACAAGUUCGGGGCCAGGUGUCCAACAGCCAUCUACUUCUGCUGGCAGCGAUGUUCUCUCACAGACAACUCAACCGGUGUUUAAUGGUGAGAUAUCACUUCAAACUACCUCUGGCUCCCUUCUUAGUGACAUUUUCCUCCACUCUGACCCAGCAUUGAUUGAUACCCAGAUGUUGAAUCAAGCUACCCCCGUUGCUUCUGAUUAUCCAAGUUCCCUGCAUGUUACUCCUGUAUUUCCCAGUGUUGAUUUGUUACUUCAGCCCACCCUUCCUUCCUCUAGAGAUGUGUUGUCUGAAAGCCACACUGCUCCCACUGUUGACUUGUUUCUUACUAGUAUUGGCUUUUCUCAGAGAGAUGUGUUUCAGCAAGCCACACCUGAAGCUGAUAGGGUGCCCCUGCAUGCUACACUGAUGUUGUCUGAUGGUGAUCUGUUUCUUCAGCCUACCCUCACUUUCUCCUCCAGCAUGUCAUCUGCUCAGGCUACCCUUGCUUUAACUGAGACCUCUGUGUUUGACAGUAAGACUGAGACUUUCAGUAAAAGUAAAAUCGGUUCCAGUGACAGUGUACUGUCUCAUGCAACAUCUAUGACCAAGGCUGAUACACUACUUAUGCCUACCUUAACCUUAUCUAGUGAUACUCGACCCCUUCAAACUUUACCUGAUUCACCUGGCACUUCACUAUUAUUUUCUGACUCUGACUGGAGAUUUCUUCAAGUUACUAAAUCUUUCACCAGUGCUUCUGAACACAAAACCGCUAUGUUUUCAAGUUUUGAUUCACCUCUUAAGUCUGUUCCUUUAUCCAGUGAUGUUACUCUGACUGUGGCUACUCCUACCUUCACUGAUAGGGAGUUGCUUGUUUCUUCUGCUGUGGGUUCUAGUGAAAGUCAAAUAGUGGGUCAAACUAACCAUGCUUUGGUGUAUGCAGAAUCUGUAUUAACAGGGGAUAUGUUUUCUCAACUCCCCCAUGCUAGUAAGGGUGUGACACUGCUUCAAGUUCCCGUCUUCACUUCUAUUCUAAAACUGACCACCCCUGACUCUACUCGUGUUCUUCACACUGACAGCAGGAAUCAAAUUAACCCAUCGCACUACAGCAGUACACCUUUUUUAUUACAAGACACACUGCUUCCCUAUUCUAGUGAUACAGCCUCUCUCAUGGGCCAUGUCGCCGCUACUGAUGCACUUGCUGACAGCACUGCUAACUUCUCUGAUAGCUCACCUAAUGAUGCUUCUGCAGGUCCAGCCACUUUAGCACUUCAGCCUAUGCUUUCUCUUCAAACUGUUUUUAGCACCAGCAUUGAACUGUUACUUCAGGGGACAUCUGUUACAUUAAGCACUGAAGAAUUGCUGCAAGCUCCCAUUUUCACUCUCAAUAGCAAAGCAGUGCUAGAUCCUGUCUCAACAUUAUCCAGUGAUACAGUUCCUCAUGUGUCUGAUAGAGGUCUUAAAGACAGUGAAGCAUUUCUGCAUGAUGCCUCUACAGGUGUCUUCAGUCAGAUGUAUUCUACAGUUGUACCAGAUGUGAAAUAUCAGGCAUCAACGCUGCACGCUACCUCUCCACCCACCAUUGGCAGUGUGCCACCUGCACCUUGCAAAUGUGUGUCAAGCUGUCGUGUUUUAAUAGAAGAUCCAGCUCAAAAUGCAGCUGGUGUGACCAGUGCAGAUGGUUCUGUUUGGUUUGCUCUUUCUGAUAGCAUUAUACACCGUCAGCCAACCUCUUAUCAAACUGUGUGGCAACAUUAUAGUACCCCUGGCUCUUUGCUCCAUGAGCUGCCAAUAGUGUCUACCCCUGUAUUAUCUAUUGAGGAUGUAUCAGUAUUACCCACAAAAUAUUUAGGCACAGUGAGUUCAAUCAGUAGCUUGGGUAAAAAUGAGGUGUUUUCCAGCGAUGUGCCUGCACCUGUUUUUCCUGUUUCUGAGCUCCACUUGUCUGUUGAUUCUGUUAGUGAUACGCACAUUUCUAUCACAGCUGCCACAGCCAACUGUAAGAGCCCAAUAACGCUAAUCUCUUUGGCUACUCCCUCAUAUCCCCAUUCAGUUUUGUCUGCCACUGUCAGUCCUGAUAUUGAAUUGACACCCCCAGUUACUGAGGAUGACCAGUUUGUAAGCAAUGCUUCUAGUCCAACGCUUGAAUUAGAACAGGAGAAGGCAAGGCAGACAGCCACCACCACAAGGGACCAAAGCAGACAAAAUGUUACAUCUGAGUUAAUUACACGUUCCUAUGCAAAGAUGGCUACAAGUAAAGCACUUGCUACAUUAGAUCCAACACUGAAUGAAAAUUAUGACCUGAAAUUAACUCUGGCCUCAGACACACUGUAUGGGAAACAACAUUCUUCUCCGUUCCCUUUUGAAAAUGAUGAUCGUUUUGAAGAAAAAUCGACCACAAAAGACUCUACAACGUGGACUUUAGGAAACACAGAUGAAGAGAGUGGUUCUGGUCAGGGAACCUCAGAGAGCCUCAACGAUAAUGAAACGUCUUCAGAUUUCAGUAUUCCUGACUACACUGACAGGGAGUCAGAAGGUACAGCUGAUGCAGAAGCCAGCAACAGCAGCCAUGAAUCCCGCAUUGGUUUUGCAGAAAGUGUUGAAAAAGAGAAAAGGGCAAUAGUCCCUCUGUUGGUGGUGUCAAGUCUCACCUUUCUCUGUCUAAUGGUCCUAGUGGGGAUUCUCAUAUAUUGGAGAAAAUGCUUUCAGACAGCUCAUUUUUAUCUAGAGGACAACACAUCACCUCGCGUGAUAACAACACCAUCAACACCAAUCCUUCCCAAUUCAGAUGAUGUUGAGGCAAUCCCUGUGAAAAAGUUUCCAAAACACGUAGCAGACCUUCACAACACAAAUAGAUUUACUGAAGAAUUUGGGAUUUUGAAAGAGUUGUAUGAGGAAAUUCAGAAUUGUACUGUUGAUUUAGGUAUCACAUCAGACAACUCCAACCAUCCCGAUAAUAAGAACAAGAAUCGAUACAUUAACAUUGUAGCAUAUGAUCACAGUAGAGUAAAACUUGCACCCCUUCUUGAAAAAGAUGGAAGCCACAGUGAUUACAUUAAUGCAAACUAUGUUGAUGGAUUCAACAGACAAAAAGCCUAUAUUGCAGCCCAAGGGCCUCUGAAAUCAACAGCUGAAGAUUUCUGGAGAAUGAUCUGGGAACAUAACGUUGGAGUUAUUGUUAUGAUCACAAACCUAGUUGAGAAAGGAAGGAGAAAAUGUGACCAGUACUGGCCUUUAGAAAACAAUGAAGAGUAUGGCUGUUUUCUUGUGUCAGUGAAGAGUACUAAAGCCAUGGCCUAUUACACUCAGCGACACUUCACUGUGAGGAACACCAAAAUAAAAAAGGGAUCCCAGAAAGGGAGGCAUAUUGAACGUACAGUUAUCCAGUAUCACUACACACAGUGGCCUGACAUGGGAGUUCCUGAGUACACACUUCCUGUUCUGACCUUUGUGCAAAAGUCUUCAGCAGCCAGAACCACAGAAAUGGGCCCAGUUGUAGUUCAUUGCAGCGCUGGGGUUGGGAGGACAGGUACUUUCAUUGUGCUGGACAGCAUGUUACAGCAGAUCAAAAACCAGGGCUCUGUAAACAUACUUGGGUUCCUGAAACAUAUACGAACUCAGAGAAACUACUUGGUGCAAACAGAGGAGCAGUAUGUUUUCAUUCAUGACACUCUUGUGGAGGCCAUCCUUAGUAAGGAAACCGAGGUUGCUGCCAGUCACAUUCAUUCCUAUGUUAAUACCCUCUUGACCCCAGGGCCAUCAGGAAAAACCCGUCUGGAGAAGCAGUUCAAGUUUUUAAGCCAGCCCAAUGCAAAACAGUGUGACUAUUCGACUGCACUGAAGCAAUGCAACAGGGACAAGAACAGGAGUGCAUCUCUUAUCCCCGUGGAGCGAUCCAGAGUUAUCCUACCCUCGGAAUCAGGUGAAGGUACAGAUUACAUCAAUGCCUCCUAUAUUAUGGGCUACCAUCAGAGCAGUGAGUUCAUUAUAACUCAGCAGCCACUUUCAAAUACCACCAAGGAUUUCUGGAGAAUGAUAUGGGACCACAAUGCACAGAUAAUUGUCAUGCUUCCGGAUAACCAGAGUCUGGCAGAAGGCGAGUGUGUUUAUUGGCCAAGCAAAGAAGAACCAAUGAGCUGUGAAACAUUCACAGUUACUCUGAUUGGUGAAGAUCAUGUUUGUCUCUCAAAUGAGGAGAAGCUUGUUGUCCAGGAUUUUAUCCUGGAGGCCACACAGGAUGACUACGUACUUGAAGUAAGACAGUACCAGUCUCCAAAAUGGCCAAAUCCUGACAGCCCAAUGAGCAAAACCUUUGAGCUGAUUAACCUAAUCAAAGAGGAAGCGGUAACACGAGAUGGACCAAUGAUUGUGCACGACGGAUAUGGGGGAAUAACGGCAGGAACAUUCUGUGCAUUGACCACACUUGUGCAUCAGCUGGAGAAUGAAAACUCUGUGGAUGUCUAUCAAGUGGCAAAGAUGAUCAACCUAAUGAGGCCUGGUGUCUUCACAGAUAUUGACCAGUACCAAUUUCUCUACAAUGCUAUACUUAGUCUUGUGAACACAAGGGAAGAUGAGAAAGCUAUAUUGUCGGCUGAUAACAACGGCACCAUUCUGGGCGAUGGAAGUAAUACAGCUGAAAGUUUGGAAUCCUUGGUGUAAAUCCUAUUACAAUGAAAACUCUGUAGGAAUUUACAGCUUUUGAAAGAUAUUGCUAUGCCUUUUUGUGAAUCCCUCUAAAUUCUAUCUUUAAAUGCUAUGACACUGUUGCUGGAUGUAAUGUGUGCCUUUAUAUAAUUCAUGUUGUACUUUUAUUUGAUUUGAUAUAGUUUGGACUAAUUCACAUGCUAGACUUGUAUUUAAAAGAUACAAAGUUUGAUUUCAGUCAGGCUCAGUAUUAGUUUACAUGCCCUUCACCAAACUUUUUUUUCUAAGUUUUCAGAUUUCUUAUUUAUUGGCAGUGAGUUAAAUAUAAGGCAUAAAGAAAGAAAAAAUGUCCUUCUUAAAUAGUAUAUUUUUUGUAGCAACCAUGAAAUUUGACAGAAUUGUGUUGUCCAUAUAGAUCAUGUAAAUAAAAUUAUUCUUAAUAGUGUUUAAUGUUUGAAUUAGAUGUGCUCAAUAACAUUCUAAUAUGUAAUGUAAAUAGUAUUAUAGUGAACAAGUCUAUGGGCCAAAUUCUAUUUAUACUUCUAGAUUUUUUAUAUUUUACUACAGUCAGUUUUCUAGUAGUUUUGACAUGUAUGGCUACAUUGUUCUAAUAAUUUAGUUUACAGAUUGUUAAUGUUUAAUAUAUCUGAUAUUAGAGUGUUCUGUUUUUUGUUAUACAGUAUAAACAUACAUUUGCAGCAUGAACUAUUAACAAUUUUAGCUGUGCAUUAGAAAUGUGUCGGUUCUAGAUAUAGUGUUUUAUGCUACAUGCAAGUUUUAUGUACUACUUUUUUUCUGGUGAUUUUUUUUUCUUUUGCCCCUAUAAGUCACUGUUUUGCAUUAUGGUAAUCACACAAUAAAUAUGGGAAUUUUAAUUCA